GAGAGAGAGAGAGAGAGAGAGAGAGAGAGAGAAAAAUAUCUCUACUCGUGGAGAACAGUAGUUGAACAAAGCAAGGUGCUAGGUGUUGGUGAUUAACACAGACAAGAAUAAACACUGACAAUCUCUAUUCAUCUGGCACCUUCAGAGUUGGCAGUUGCUGUGAAGCAGAGGUUGCCACAGAAACAGCAGAGACAGGAGCCUAGCAUCUGAUGUGAGGCCAGCAGAUUUCCUGGAUUGUUGUCCCGCUCUUCACCCAUUGUAGCCGGAAUGGACAGGAGCAACCUAGUCCUGUCUCAGCAAGACCUAUGAACUGCAAAUCCAAUGAUUGAGUGCCGCAGGUGAGUGUGAGGGUGUUGGCUUGCUCGCAUUCUCAAUGCUGAGGCUAUCCUGUCAAUCUCUAUGUCUGCAGGACAUUAAAGGCCAGUACUGGACCGACGAGGAUUCCGAUGGAGACAAUGACUCGGAGUUCCUGUAUGGAAUCCAGGGGAGCUGUGCUGCAGAUCUGUACAGACACCCCCAGCUGGACGCGGACAUCGAGGCAGUAAAGGAGAUCUACACUGAGACCGCUCUCUCUGUCAGGGAGUAUGGAACCAUCGACGAUGUGGACAUCGACCUGCAAAUUAACAUCAGUUUCCUGGAUGAGGAGGUGGCGACUGCAUGGAAGGUGAUUCGAAUGGAACCAAUCAUUGUGCGCCUUCGUUUCUCUCUGUCCCAGUACCUCGAUGGACCGGAGCCAUCAGUGGAAGUGUUCCAGCCAUCCAACAAGGAGGGAUUCAGUCUGGGGCUGCAGCUGAAAAAGAUCCUGGGCAUGUUCAUCUCUCAGCAGUGGAAGCACCUGAGCAAUGACUUCCUGAAGAGCCAGCAGGAAAAGAGACACAGCUGGUUCAAGGCAGGGGGCACCAUCAAGAAGUUCAGAGCCGGACUCAGUAUAUUCUCCCCCAUCCCAAAGUCUCCCAGUUUCCCUCUCCUCCAGGACUCUGUGUUAAAGGGGAAGCUGAGUGUGCCAGAGCUACGUGUGACGAGGCUCAUGAACCGCUCCAUCUCCUGUACCAUAAAAAACCCCAAGGGGGAGCUCUUCAGCUACCCCCCAAGCAGCCAGAGCGUGUCUGUUCCCGCUGCCAGGCCUCCCCCGCAGAUUACCACGAAGCAGCUGAUUGAAUUGUUUUUCUCAUCCCAGGCGGGCGGACACUGCAAGAACAUCCCUACCCUGGAGUACGGCUUCCUCGUGCAGAUUAUGAAGUAUGCAGAGCAGCGCAUCCCCACUCUCAAUGAGUACUGCGUGGUGUGUGAUGAGCAGCAUGUCUUUCAGAAUGGAUCCAUGCUAAAGCCAGCGGUGUGCACCAGGGAGCUGUGCGUCUUCUCCUUCUACACGCUGGGGGUCAUGUCCGGAGCAGCCGAGGAAGUAGCCACUGGAGCAGAGGUGGUGGACCUGUUAGUUGCCAUGUGCAGAGCGGCGCUAGAGUCGCCCCGGAAAAGCAUCAUCUUUGAGCCCUACCCUUCUGUGGUCGACCCCAACGACCCAAAGACCCUGGCCUUCAAUCCCAAGAAGAAGAACUAUGAGCGUCUGCAGAAGGCUCUGGACAGUGUGAUGUCUAUCCGGGAGAUGACACAGGGUUCGUAUUUGGAGAUUAAGAAACAGAUGGACAAGCUGGACCCCUUAGCCCACCCUCUGCUCCAGUGGAUCAUAUCAAGCAACAGAUCCCACAUCGUGAAGCUGCCGCUGAGCAGGCAACUGAAGUUCAUGCACACCUCUCACCAGUUCCUGUUGCUAAGCAGCCCCCCCGCAAAGGAAGCUCGUUUCCGGACCGCCAAGAAGCUGUAUGGUAGCACCUUCGCCUUCCAUGGGUCCCAUAUUGAGAACUGGCACUCCAUUCUGAGAAAUGGACUAGUCAAUGCGUCUUAUACCAAACUGCAGCUGCACGGGGCAGCAUACGGGAAGGGCAUCUAUCUCAGCCCCAUCUCCAGUAUAUCAUUUGGAUACUCAGGAAUGGGGAAGGGGCAGCACCGCAUGCCCUCGAAAGAUGAGCUCGUUCAGCGCUACAACAGGAUGAACACCAUCCCACAGUGCAGUCCUGCCCCUGAGUCCCCAGUCAGGUGUCUCAGUUCUGUUUUUCAGAGUCGUCCAAUCCAGUCCAGAUUCUUGCAGAGCCGCAAUUUGAACUGCAUAGCGCUUUGUGAAGUAAUAACGUCAAAAGACCUGCAGAAGCACGGGAAUAUUUGGGUGUGCCCCGUGUCUGACCAUGUUUGCACAAGGUUCUUCUUUGUAUAUGAAGAUGGCCAAGUGGGAGAUGCCAAUAUUAACACCCAGGAGCCUAAAAUCCAGAAGGAGAUCAUGCGUGUGAUCGGGACUCAUGUCUACUCCAGCUGAGGAAUGGGUGGGAGAUGAGGCACGGAGAGGGGAGCUAGUCCACUGAGGAAACAAGAACACGACCGACUCCACUCCCCUGGGCUCAGCAUUGUGAUCAGCUCCACUCCCAGCCCAGCUCAGCAUUGUGAUCAUCUCCACUCUCAGCCCAGCUCAGCAUUGUGAUCAUCUCCACUCCCAGCCCAGCUCAGCAAUGUGAUCGUCUCCACUCCCAGUCCAGCUCACCAAUGUGAUUAACUCCACUCCCAACCCCUCUCAGCAUUGUAACCAGCUCCACUCCCAGCCCAGCUCUGCAUUGUGAUCAUAUCCACUCCCAACUCAGCUCAGCAUUGUGAUCAGCUCCACUCCUCCGGGCUCAGCAUUGCGAUGAGCUGUACUCCCAGUCCAGCUCAGCAUUGUGAUCAGCUCCACUCCUCCGGGCUCAGCAUUGUGAUCAGCUCCACUCCCAACCCAGCUCAGCAUUGUGAUCACAGCACAAAGGCCCGCUCUCUAUCCUGCAGCCACAGACUAAGACUAAGUGACAGAGAGCCCAAACACUGCAGUUCCCCACGGUCUCGAACCUGGGGAAAGAUGAACAGCAACUUUGGGGCAGGUUGCUUGUAAUGCCUUCCUUGAAACAGCUACUUGGGAAUGUAUUCUACAAGGACAUGGUUGAAUCCUCUUUGUCAUUUCUAAAUGACUGGAUUUUUUUCUUUUUUCAUGUUUGUCACCAUGGUGAGUUUCUACUGCGUGCCACUAUGUGUUCCAUAGCUGGCAUCUUUCUACUGCAUGCCGCAGUGUUCCCUUGCUGGCGUUGUGCCAUGUAGAUUACAGGUCUGUUCCAGGAGGCAGGUUUAUUCAGAAACGUUACUUUUCACUAACCUUGGAUCGGUUUCAGACAGCAGGGUCUGCAUAUUCCUUUCACUUACAGUAAUCCAGCUGGGGUUUCUCCUCAAUUAACAUUACAAAAUACAAUAUUCUGGAAAGAUGUCUUCAGUGGGGCAGUUUUGCAAGUUGUAUGCCAGCAGUGAUGAGAUCUGCUUCGGUUUAAAUCAUUAAAGACAAUUGUCAUCUUCUGACUGAUUCAAAUUACACCACAAUCACAAAGAGUAUUUUAGUAACUGGAAAGAAAUUGCUUUAAAGUAAAAACAUUUUUUAUUGAUGUUUGCAAUCAAUCUGAGUAGUUUUUUUUUUUUUUAUUAUUUCCUUGCCUGAGGAUGGUGCGUUGAGUCUUUUUUUUUUUUUUUAAUUGCCUGCUUUGAAUCCAUAUUCUGGUUAGUGAUGGCUACAAGCAGACAUUACUAGACAUAGACAAAGUAUUCCAAUGCUGGGACACAUUUUAAAAUAUUCAAACAAAUACUGCUUGAAAUGGCAAAAAUCACCUUGUCUGUAUUCUUAUUUCAGAAUUUAUAAAUGUUUGUAUUAAAAAUAUAUCAUGCAAUGGAAAGAGGUGAUGUUUCUCUCAUUUAAUUAACAGGUCAUUUAAUUGGGUACUUUACUCCUUCGAGAUUUAUACUUUUGAUUUCCAGCUAAUGGAAAAUUAAAGAAAAUUUUGAUCAUUUGUUUAAACUCAUGUUUGUCCCAGAACUAAAAUCCAGGAGCGUUAAUGGAAGCCACUGUAUAGUUUCUAACGACUGGAAUAAGCUAUUUAUUUCAAAUUCUUGUCGUAUUUAAAGAGAUUGGCAAUAUAGCUGCAGUGCAGCACUACAGUAUGGCACUUUUUCAACAUGUAUUUUCAAGUUAAAGAAGGUGCAAAUGUUAAAUACAUUCUGUUGCACUUUUGCAUUCCUAGACCAAGCAAGAACCUACUAACCCGAUAACUCAUAAAUAACAUAUCCUCAAAAGCCCUCCAGCAUGCAUCCUGUGCAGUGAUGCCUACUUUUCCAGUGGAAAUAUAUUCCUGUAUUUGUUCUCCUGUAUGUAAAUACAAACACAACUCUUUUAAAGGAGGAGGAGAGGGUAUUGUCAGAGUCCUCUACUUGAGUUCCAGUGUGUCUUCAAACUGAUCAUGAGAAUUGAAAAGAAAUGUUCUCCUCUGCUCUGACAAGGAAGUGCAGUCUGAACAGCAUUCAGUUCUGCCUGUGCUAAACAGCUCUUAAAAACCUUGGUUCCUAUCAAUAGCAACACAGACAUUGAGAGGGUCCUGUGGGGACCUAUUACCGGUAACACGGGAAGGAAGUGAGUCAGUGUCAUGCAUGCCCUGCAACAGCUGUUUUUGAAGCCAACAUGUUUAGUGCAAAACAGUCUACUUUGCAACUGCAUUAUAAGACAGUUUAAAUUAAGUAGGGCUGUCAUCAAGGGCAGUAUAAUAAUGCAGCACCACUGCAUUCCCUCCUUACCGGAGCUGCACCUUCAUAGGCACUCAGUCACAUGACUUCCCUGGGCAAGGUCCUCUUCUAACUGGGAGUGUAGCUCUGGAGGACUGGACUGGUUUCCCCUGGCUGUUUCCAAUAGCACACAGUCUGGCCCCCUCCUCCCCAGCUUGUCUCGAUGUUGUGAGCUUGGACUGUGAAUUAUUUCGUCCAGUGGUGACCUGUACAGUAUUUGUGUAUUUAUAAUCAACUUAUUUAGUCGUUGUCUGUGGUGUGUGUGGAU